AGUGAAUUUGGAACACCAUGAACACUCAUAUCUGGCGAUGGCUGAGGCUCCUCCCCAUGAUGUCGCAUUCAUGUGUUGUGCGUCGCCGCGACAUCACACGUCUUCAGCAUGACGAGGAAAGACUAUUGUUUCAGUCACACCGUCCCUGAGGUUCCGCGGGAUGGGCGUACUGGACACGUGAACCAGAGCUAUGUAAGGACAUCUGGGGACUUUGACUACUGCAUCAACGCCAAGGAUGAAAGGGGAAGUUACCCGACGAAACCCACGAUCUCCACCAUCUACCCUGCCAAAGCCCCCAAAGAGGAGGAAGAAAAGGAGGAGGAAGGGGAAGAAAGACAGCAAUGGUCCCGUUCCAUCGAGUUCCUUCUCUCUUGCAUCUCAAUGUCUGUCGGGCUGGGCAAUGUGUGGAGGUUCCCCACCACAGCCUUCCAGAACGGCGGGGGAGCCUUUCUCAUCCCCUACCUCAUCGUGCUCAUCUUUAUUGGCAGGCCGCUGUACUUCCUGGAGCUGUCCAUCGGCCAGUUUUCUUCCUUUGGCUGCGUGAAGGUGUGGCGGAUGGUGCCGGCUGUCAAAGGAGUCGGCUACGGCCAGGUGAUCGCUUCUUGGUCUGUGGUGACCUACUACUGCUCCUUGAUGGCGCUGACAGUGUUCUACUUCAUCAUGUCCUUCAACAAAGUUCUCCCUUGGUCGGUGUGUGACGACGCCUGGGCGGAAGACAACUGCGUCGACGCCUCCAGCACCAACGUCACUUAUAUCAACAACUCACAGUCGUCAUCGGAGCAGUACUAUUACAACUACGUGUUACGCAUAAAGGAUGACAUCAGCGAUGGCGUGGGCCUCCCUGACUGGCGGCUGACCUGCCUACUCUUUUCAUGGGUGGUACUUUUCCUCACCCUGGCCUGGGGCGUCAAAUCAUCGGGCAAGGUGGCGUACUUCACGGCGUUGUUCCCCUACGUGGUGCUGGUGACGCUGCUCAUCCGCGGGGUGACACUGCCGGGCGCCACGGACGGGAUGCUAUACUUCGUCAGAUUUGAUGCAGGAAAACUCUUGGAUCCAAACGUGUGGUACGCCGCCGUCACGCAAUCUUUCUUCAGUCUCACCGUCGGAUUCGGCGCCCUCAUAAACUUCAGUUCCUACAACAAAUUCUCCCACAACGUCUACAGGGACGCGUGGAUCAUCAGUCUCACGGACACCUUCACCUCCCUGCUGGCUGGCUUUACCAUCUUCGCCAUCCUUGGUAACCUCGCCCACCAGCUUGACACGAACAUCGAGGACGUGGUGCGCGGCGGCGGCGGCCUGGCCUUUGUCUCCUAUCCCGACGCUCUCGCAAAGUUCACCUGGGCCCCGCAGCUGUUCGCGGUGCUGUUCUUCCUGAUGCUGUUCACGCUAGGCGUCGGCUCGGCGGCGGGACUGACGGGUUGUGCCGUCGGUAUCAUUUCGGAUCGCUUCCCUACCAUCAAUAAGAUCUACAUCACGCUCGGAAUUACUGUUCUUGGUUUUCUCUGUGGACUCGUCUACACCACUCCUGGAGGUCAGUGGAUUCUCGACUUGGUGGAUUUCUUCGGCGGCGGAUUCAUCGUCUACGUCUUAGCAAUCGUUGAGAUCGCGGCCGUCAGCUACAUUUAUGGAUUUCAGCGCAUGUUCCGUGACCUGCGGUUCAUGUUGGGGUUUGAUGUGGACGUGUUCACCAAGAUUUGUUGGGUAGUCAUCACGCCCCUGGCGCUGCUCGCCAUCUUCAUUUAUAGCCUGGCGGUCUUCCGGUUGCCCACCUACGAUGGCAACGCUUAUCCACAAAGCGCUUACAUCUGUGGAUGGAUACUGACCAGCGUGGCCGUGGGCGUGGUCCCCAUCUGCUUCGCCCACACUUUUUCCCGAACACCCGGAGACACUUUGCUUCAGAAGUUGCGAGGAGUGUUUCAGCCCAAGCACAACUGGGGACCCAAGAGAACUCGAGACAGGAUCGAAUGGAAGAAGCUGAACGAGCCACUCCCCCUGCUAUCGUGCUAGUGUGAGCAUGUGUGUGUGUGUGUGUGUGUGUGUGUGUGUGUGUGUGUGAGCGCGCGCGAUUGUGAUUAUUGCUAUAUUACUCCACCACGGUAAUAAAAUACGAGUCUACGAUUUAA